UGGGUCUUCCUUAGGUUACAUAUCCAAUGUAAUAAAAUAAAAUAAAACAGAAAUGGCUAUAGAACUGGUCCUUGAAACCAAAAUUAAAGGAGAUGGAUAGCUUAAAUUAGAUAUGUAUCAGAGUGAUUCAAAUCUAAUUUCUUAUAUAAAUACUUGCACACACUUUGUUCAUAUAUAUUUUCUAAGUUGUAAAACAGCAUCUACUCAUUUGUAUCAUAAAGGAUGAGUAAACCCUUUCAACUUUCGAUGGCCAUGCUAACUAUUCUCAUCAUUCUUGUUACAGGAACAGUGGUUGAAGCACAAAGAAGAAAAUGUGAUGAAAAAAUAGUAUUGCAAGUUUGUAAUGGUAAGGGCAAAAAAAAUUGUUACGAAUAUUGCGACACGAAAGAAUGUGCUGCUGCAUGUAAAAAGAAGAGGAAUGGGGAUGGUUAUUGCAAUGCCAAUGGGAAUAUCUUUACCUUGAGUCCUCAAUGCUUAUGCUUAUAUAAAUGUUGAGUUUAGAUGAUGAACGAGAGGAAGUUGAUCAAAUCAUCAAGUCACCAAGAUAAAAUGGUUGGACAUUGGGUCAAUCAAGUUUUUAAUUUUAAUUUUAAAAAACUCAUAU